CUUCAUGCAAUAUUUCUGGAGAGAGAACAAUCAGUCAACCGCCGUGAGAGACCGGACCUGACCGCCUGACCGGAGCUGACUUCCGGACCGGACCGGACCGACUGAUCCUGACCUCAUAUUAUGCAGAUGCAGCAGCAGAUUCAAGUGCUCGAAACAAGUUACGGCGGCGCCGGCGACGGCUCCGAUCAUUUCGAUGACGACGGUCGCCCUAAAAGAACCGGAACUCUAUGGACGGCAAGUGCUCAUAUAAUAACGGCGGUGAUCGGCUCCGGCGUACUUUCAUUGGCAUGGGCGGUUGCUCAGUUGGGAUGGAUUGCCGGUCCGAUUGUUAUGUUGAUGUUCUCUUUGGUCAUUUAUUAUACAUCAUGUCUUCUCGCCGAUUGUUACCGGUCCGGCGACCCUUUAACCGGCAAGAGAAAUUACACUUAUAUGGAUGUAGUCAGAUCUAAUCUCGGUGGGUCGAAGGUACAGAUAUGUGGAAUCAUACAGUAUGUGAAUCUUUUUGCAAUUGCAAUUGGAUUCACCAUUCUCACAUCAAAAAGCAUGUUGUCUCUUCAUCGAUCUGAGUGUUUGAGUAAGGGAGGUAGCACUAGAAGUUGUGAGAGCUCUACCAUUCCAUACAUGGUCUUGUUUGGUGUGAUUGAGAUUUUUCUAUCACAAAUACCUGGUUUUGACCAGAUUUGGUGGUUAUCAAUAGUGGCAGCUGUUAUGUCUCUAACUUACUCAUCAAUUGGAGUUGGUCUUGCAAUUUCUAAAGUUGCAGCCAAUGGAACAUGGAAAGGUAGCUUAACUGGACCAACUCUUUCGAGUAUGAGUGAAAUAGACAGGGUAUGGAGGGUCUUUCAAGCUCUAGGAGACGUUGCAUUUUCCUUCUGCUAUGCUCUCAUUCUCAUCGAAAUUCAGGACACAAUUAGAUCACCACCAUCAGAAGCAGUGAAGAAGGCAAACCUGGACACAGAUGAAUCGCCACCAUCAGAAGCAGUGACAAUGAAGAAGGCAAACCUGAUAAGCACUGUAGUGACAACAGGUUUCUACAUGUUAUGCGGAUGCAUGGGCUAUGCUGCUUUUGGAGACCAAACUCCAGGAAACCUCUUAACAGAUUCGGGUUUUGGGAAACCAAUCUGGCUAGUAGACAUAGCCAACAUUGGAAUUAUAAUUCAUAUAGUGGGAGGUUAUCAGGUUUUCGUCCAACCCCUGUUUGCAUUCGUGGAGAAAUGGAUAUUAACAAAAUGGCCCCGAAAUAAGCUUGCUUCCAUGGAAAUACCCAUCCGAAUUCCGGGUUUAAAAGCCUUCAAACUGAACAUGCUCCGGGUAGUCUGUCGCAGUUCUUUGGUUGUAAUGUCUACUUUCAUUGCUAUGUUGGUUCCUUUCUUCAACGAGAUAUUGGGUAUAACAGGGGCCUUUGUGUUCUGGCCUUUGUCGGUAUACUUCCCAACAGAGGUUUAUAUUGCGCAAAAGAAGAUUCCGAGAUGGGGAUUGAAAUGGAUUGGUUUGCAGAUAAUGAGCCUUGCUUGUUUGAUGAUAUCGAUUGCUGCUGGUGCUGGUUCUGUUGCUGGUGUUGUUAAGAAUCUUAAGACUUAUAAGCCAUUCAAUCUUAAAGCUUAGUUAAUCAUUUAAUUAAAGCUCUCAUGUCUCUUAUGUUACUUAAUUAGCAUCAAGAAAACACACAAAGAGGUGGAAAAAAAUGGUUUAAUUACCUUCCACUGGCUUUAGUAGUGAUGGAGAAUAACAAAAACAUUUGCAUCAAUUUUAUAUUGUUCUUCAACUUAUUUUUC